ACAGAGUUUGAGGGCCAGCUGCAGGUCGCUCUCCGGGAGAGCGAGGCUAGGGACAGCGCAAGGAAAUCGACCAUGGUCACGAUGCAAGCGACAGUAAUCCUGCAAAAUGUGUAUCUUGAUCGUGCACAGGAGAAGCUACAGACGCAGACUGACCAGCAAGGAAAGAAGAAGAAGAGACGAGUGUUUGGUGAUGGACUCCCCAAGCUACUGGAUGGCCAAGAGUUCUUCUCUGAGGUGGUAGAGUACGAGGCUACCCAAGAGCGC